AUGCAUUGUCUCAUUGUUUCAUCAUCAUCAUCUACAAUGUUGGUUGCUGGUUGUUGGUUGUUGAUCGUUGGUAGAGAGAUAUCAUAUCAUGUCAAGGCUACUGUAGAAUCUGAUAAGGUUAACCUUAAUGGCUCCACGUGCACUUUCCAGCAUGCUGGGCUGAUAACAUUGACAUGUCACGACAACAAGAUUGGGCUCAAUGCAUAG